GUGCGCGCACGAGAGAGAGAGCAACUCAACACUGCCUAAUAAUUCCAAUCCCAGCCAAUUUGUGUCUGUCUGGACGUGAGCCAAGAAACCAUGAGGGGCAAGGCCGAGGCAGAUCACCAGUCAGUGCUCAGACUUGCAGUGGGGUACAUGGUUUUGACCAAUUUACAAGACUCCUGAAGCUGCUAUAAUAAGAACAGCAGUAAAGAUAAUUGUCACCGAACACUUUUCUCUUGAAGUAUUCAAAAGAAACAGAAAAUAGUUACUGAACUAUCUGCAACUAUGGCCACCUUGAGUGUCCUUGGAAAGUUCAGGAGAUUAAACAUAUUUUAUGGGUUAUGUUCCUCACAGCAUGUCACUCAAGUGUCUCGACAUAGUUUGUCACUCUUGUGCCCAUCCUAUGAGAAUAGCUCAAAGAAUCAGAAGUUGGUGUACAAUUUCGGACAGUUCAAGCAUUCAGCUCCCAUGGAGAGAGCAUUUACAACAGUAUCUGAUGACAUAAAAGACCUUCAUGGGAGGAAGAGGGAUACCAUCCAGCAAAUAGCAACCAAAGCAGGAAAAGAUGUAGACAUGAAAGCAGGCAUGUCAAGAAGGACAAUGACCACAAAGAAGAGUGUAUAUGAUCUUGAACCAAGUGCUUCAGGGGUGGUGGAGGCUGUGUGGCCAUCUCACUGUGAUGUGCUGGUGGUGGGAGGUGGUGCUGUGGGCUCUUCUAUCGCCUAUCAUCUGAAGGAGCACGCUCGCGAUGGACUCAGUGUCGUAGUGGUGGAGGAGGACCCAACUUACAAGCGUGCCUCUACGGUGCUGUCGGUGGGGGGGAUUCGACAGCAAUUCAGUAUACCAGAGAAUAUUAUGCUGUCCAUGUAUGGAAUGAAUUUCUUACGCAAGAGUCCUCAGCUGUUGGCAGUGGAGGGUAUGGAUCCCCCCGACAUGCAAUUCAAUGCCGCAGGUUACCUCACACUUGCCUCAGAGGAAGGAUAUGAACGACUGAAGGAAAACUAUGAUAUACAGAGGAGUGUGGGAGCCAAGGUAUCAUUCCUCUCCAGCAAGGAGCUCUGCAACUUGUACCCCUGGAUGGAUGUGUCUGGUGUGGCAGCAGGAGUCCUGGGCAGAGACAAUGAAGGAUGGUUUGACCCAUGGAGUUUGUUGUGUGGUCUGCAGCGGAAGGCCACCGCCCUGGGCACCCAGUACAUCAAAGGGAAGGUGACGGGGCUCAGCCACAAGACUUUGGAUGAUAUGAUUCUGGAGGGCACCUCACAGUCCAACAUCAAGUGUCUCCAGAGUGCUGAGGUGACACUCACCAGUGGGGAGAAACGCAGCAUCAACUUUGCCCAGUUGGUGGUGGCAGCCGGUGCAUGGACAGGAAAUGUUGGCCGCCUAGCAGGCAUAGGGGAGGGGAAGGGCCUGCUUGGAGUGCCCAUCCCUAUUGAGACAAGGAAGCGCUAUGUUUAUUGUGUUCAUGCCCCAGAUGGUCCAGGACUAAAUUCUCCACUUUUGAUUGACCCCAAUGGAACAUACUUCCGGCGUGAGGGCCUCGGAGGACAUUACCUGUGUGGACAGUCACCACCUGAAGACAAGGAGCCACCAGUGGACAACUUGGAUGUGGACUACACUUUCUUUGAAGAGGAAGUCUGGCCAACUAUUGCCAAGCGAGUGCCUGCAUUUGAAAAUUUGAAGCUGCGAAGUGCUUGGGCCGGCUACUAUGAUUACAACACCUUUGAUCAGAAUGGCAUCAUUGGGCUCCACCCUCUCUUCUCCAACAUGUUCAUCUGCGGUGGAUUCAGUGGCCAUGGCAUUCAGCAGGCACCAGGAGUGGGCAGAGCCAUCAUGGAGUGUAUCAUUUAUGGGGAGUACCGAACCAUCAACUUGGAAUGCUUUGGCUUCAAGAGAAUUUUGGCUCAGACACCACUUCUGGAGACCAAUAUUGUUUAGCCUCAUUCUUUAGAGCAGGAUUCUUCAAAGCACAGGUCAUGAGCCUGUACAGGGUUGCAGAACUUUGCUUCCUGGGUUGCCACCUUCAACAGACUAAUAAAUGAAUACAGACACUUUUCAUUUUAUGUGUAAAUUACACUUUUUAUUUAGAGUGAAAUGUAGAUUUUUUUUACACAUUUUUCUUACAUUAAUGCCUAUUCUGGAAUGUAAUCCUUACAUAUAACCAGACCUACCCAUACUGUAAGGGGGGUCACUCUAUACACAGUGCUAUCAAGAGUUGUACACCAGACUUGAAAAAAUAGUACAUAAACCUGAACUGAGUUGAAUCAAGAAAAGUUUAUAAACCAUUGUUUCACAUUUACAAUCCAUAUCACUUGUAACUGUCAUUGCCAAAUCUCUUAGGACCUCUAGGAACUAGUUUCAAAAUAUGUAUGUAUUUAGUGAAAUAUUUAAAAUUAAAUUAAUUAUAUUUAUUUUACUGAUUUGUACAGUAUUUAGUAAAUGGUGCAAUUUU